UUGACAAUCUCAAUACGAUGUAAUUUUUUAGAAGCAUGAAGACCAUACUUCUCUCCCCCCUGUAUCAACAAGCUCUGACAUAACUAAAUCCAUUGUUGUUUCUGAUCAUCAGACAGCAGCAUCACCACAUUCUACAGUAACAUCGCCAAAAGCAAACCCGCAAUACAGGUCUAAACUGGAACAACAAAAACUUCCUCAGGUUCCAAGGAAUGUAUCUCCAGUGAUUGAAAAAGCUUUUGAAACAACUACAGGCAUUGGCAUCAAUCAUUCAGACACAACCCAGUUUUCUCAUAACACGAACCAGUCAUCUGAGAAAACGCACCAUUUUUUUUCAAACACAAACCGGUCAUCUGAGAAUGCAAGCCAGCCACCUGAGAAAACAAACCAAUCAUCUGAGAAAACAACCUGGUUAUUUGCAAACACAAGCCGGUCAUCUAUGACUAAAAACCGGUCAUCCCAGAAUACAAACCAGUUAAUUGCAAAGACAAGACGGUCAUCUGAGAAUUCAAGCCAGUCAUUUGAGAACGUAAUUAGGUCAUCUAGGAAUACAAACCGUUCAUCUGAUAAUACAAACCAGUUAUUUGAGAACAGAAUCCGGUCAUCUGAGAAUACAAACCAGUUAUUUGAGAACAUUAUCCGGUCUUCUGAUAAUACAAACCAGUUAAGCGAAGAAAACCUAUUUCACCCAGAGAGUUGGCAAACUAAAGCAAAACAACUAAACCAAAACACGGGAAGUACUUCUUUCAAAGUUAUCUCAGAAACAAGCAAAUCGUAUAAAAAUUGGCACAAUAGGGAAACAUCAACAAGACUUGAUAAAGGUUAUGAGUCUCUAAAAAAAGAAGAAUAUUAUAUCGAUAGCGAGCAGACGAUUGGAUAUCCGGACUUCUAUAUUUCUCACCAUGAAAUAUCUUCACUUAUGUCAGAGACUGAGAAUCCAGCAAUUAAUGAAAACUCUAGGACUGAAGCUCUUGAUCUUGUAAAGAGGAUUCCUGAAGAUGACCUCUCCAGUUAUUUAAUGGAAGUAGAUUCUCAUCCAAUCCGGCCUUAUAGUUCACAGAUGGGAAUGAUGGAUGGCAAUCUUUUCCAACCAUUAUCUAGAGAUCCUAUCAUGAAUAUGACAAUAGAGGAGAAUAUAUUACUAGGACAGAAAGUCAGAGCUUGGGAAAGUGUAGUGUCUCAGGUGUGGAAGAGAAAUACAGAAACCGGGGCUGAUGUACUGUACAAGAAUCCUGGCGGAUUAAUUCAUGAAGCAGAAAUCAGCAAAGAAGGAGUUAUUUCUAGCUCUACAGAUCCAUCUAGUAAUAUUCUAGUUAAUGUCCUAGAUACCCAGGGAAUCCUUCAGCAACGAAUAUGCUGUACAACUCUUUUAGCAAUAGCUGUGCGUAUGUUUGGAGGACCUAAACACCAGUUCUUUCCAGAUGAUCAGAUGGUGAAGGAUACCUUCUACUUGAAGUACAGUUACCUGCUCCGAUCUCCGUGGGCUCCGACCUUAACGGAGGAGAACAUGGUGAUCUCAACGAUGAAGGAGACAGGAUACCUCCUCGGGCCAGAUAGGGUGCUAGAGGUUCUUUUCACUAACUGCUUGAUGGUUGGCUUCAACAUGGAUUCUAACCAGGAAGAGUAUUUACACACGCUAGGAGCUAAGGAGGAUAUUUUGCCAAGAAACCAGGCACUUCUUCUUUAUAGGUAUCUGAAGAACAGUAUGGGAACUAUACAUGCCAGGGCACUGUACAGUCGACUUGAGGUUUUGGUACAUAAACUAGAGGCAGCUGCUCAAAUAUUCUUCAACCAUAGGUUAAUGAUAUGAAUACUGAAUAGCAAUAAAUAUUGUUUUCAAACCAGUUUUCCAGUACAGAAUAUGAAUAGAAAUCAUGGAAUAAAUUCAAUUUUUGGAAACAGACUACCUUCACAGAAUAUGAAUGAAGAUCAUUAAAUGAAUUCAGCUUUUUGAAACAGAGUACCUUAACAAUAUGAAUGGAAAUACUGUAAUAACAGACUUUUGGAAACGGACUACCUUAACAUAAUAUGAAGUAAAAUCAUAAAUUCAGCUUUUGGAAACAGAUUACCUUAACAAAAUAUAUGAAUGUAAAUACUGAAAUGAAUUCAGCUGUUGGAAAUAGAUUACCUUAACAGAGUAUGAAUGGAAAUCGUGUAAUAAAGUUAGCUUUUGGAAACAGAGUCCAUCCUAUUUGAAGAAUGUGAAAAAAAGGAAUAAAUUCAACUUUUGGAAACAGACUGUCAAGCUUCUGAAAACUACAUGAUUGUAAAUUAUACAAAAGAAUGAGCUUUUGUAAACAGACUCCUUACUUUUCGAGAAAUGUGAAGUAAAAUCGAAGGAAUAGACUUAUGCUAUUGAUAAUAAUAACUGAGUGUCUGCUAUUUGCAAAAAUUUAUAAAUAAUAAUCAUUUUAUGAAAUAGUCUUCUAAAAACAAACCUAUUUUAGGACGAAAUCAACUCAGCUUUUAGAAACAGUUUCCAUCCUAUUUAUAUAAUACUAGAAUUGUGAUCAGAUGUUUAUUGUUAAUACUUGUUCCUUGUAGUUGUAACGUUCAGUCUGAAUCAAUAAAAUUACAUAUCUAAUCAUAA